GAAAUUUAUUUAAAAUUAAGUAACAAACAAGCAAGUCGCAUAGAUACGUGUUGCUUAUAAUAUAUAAUUUAUUAAAAUGGCUUUAAAUAAUAUUUUAAGAAAUACCCUCCAAGGUUUUAGUAAAAUUAGUUACAAAUCUAGCGCAAGAGUGUUUUCUACCAGUAUACCCCAAUUAAAUAAAAAGGAGGUUGAAAUAACUUUUGUCCGAGCCAGUGGGGAACGUAUAAAAACAAAAGGCAAAGUUGGUGAUUCUCUUCUAGAUGUAGUGGUUAACAAUGACGUAGAUUUAGAUGGUUUUGGUGCUUGUGAGGGAACCCUGACAUGUUCAACGUGUCACCUAAUAUUUUCAAAGAAGGUGUUUGAUUCUUUGCCAGAAAAAGCAACAGAUGAAGAGCUAGAUAUGCUGGAUUUGGCUUAUGAAUUAAAAGAUACCUCCAGAUUGGGGUGCCAAAUUAUUUUAUCUGAAAAACUGGAUGGCCUGGAAGUAAAAGUACCUGCUACUAUUAAUGACCAAAGAUCAUCGUAAUAUUUUAAAUGUUUAUAUUUAAUUUCAGCAAUUCUCAAGUAUUUAAACUGGCUAAAAUUGAAAUUAUCUAUUGAUAAGAAACAUUUUAAUAAUACUUUUCUGUUCAUAUCUAUUUUAUAAAGGUAUGGAGAUGAA